AAAACCACAGGGAAAAUGGUGGAAAAUUCACCGUCGCCAUUGCCAGAAAGAGCGAUUUAUGGCUUUGUUCUUUUCUUAAGCUCCCAAUUUGGCUUCAUCCUGUAUCUCAUGUGGGCAUUUAUUCCUGAAUCUUGGCUAAACUCCUUAGGAUUAACCUAUUGGCCUCAAAAAUACUGGACAAUUGCAUUGCCCGUCUACUUCCUCAUUACUAUAGUAAUUGGUUAUGUACUCUUAUUUGGAAUAAACAUGAUGAGUACCUCUCCACUCAACUCCAUUCAUACAAUCACAGAUAACUAUGCUAAAAAUCAACAGCAGAAGAAAUACCAAGAAGAGGCCAUCCCAGCAUUAAGAGAUAUUCCUAUUAGUGAAGUAAACCAAAUGUUCUUCCUGGCAACUAAAUAACUUUAUGCCAAAAACUAAAUUGUAUGGAGACUAACACCGAGCAUUU